GUAAGAGAAUGAAGUAAAAUGAAGAAAGAUAAAAAAGGCCUAAAUGAAGUUACCGCCGCAAUCCAAAAUAAAAAUCCAAAUUUUCCCGCCAAAACCCCCGACUCUCAAUUAUAUUUCUUUUUUUUGUUUUUGGCAAAUCUCAAUUAUAUUUCUAUCUCUCUUUCAAACAACUCAGUGUGAUAAUUCUUCCAGCAGCCCAAAAAUGGAUUCUACAACAGUCCCAAAACCUAACCCUAAUAAUGGAAAUCCUAAAACUGGGUAUUCAAUCGGAGGUAUUCAAGUGAAGUUUCCGUAUCAACCAUACGGGAGCCAGUUGGCAUUCAUGUGCAGAGUGAUAUCGACCCUGGAUCGAGCGCAAAGAGACGGUCACUGUCACGCAUUGCUUGAGUCACCAACCGGUACCGGAAAAUCGCUCUCCCUUCUUUGCUCGACUAUUGCAUGGCAGCAGCAUUACAAGUUAAAGAAUCAGAAUCCGCAUCUCUCUCAUUCCAAGCCCAAUCCGGAGGCCGUGACGGAUCCUCUAGCCUGUGGCGGCGGAUUCAUCCCCGAGUCGCAGCCUACCAGUGUUCCACCGUCAGCAAAUGCAGAGAUGGCUAAAUCUGCAACAGAUAACAAGAGUCAAAAGAAAAACACCGUACCAACCAUAUUUUUUUCCUCGAGGACACAUUCACAAAUUUCUCAAGCAAUUGGUGAAUACCGGAAAACUGCAUAUAGGGUGCCAAUGGCAGUGUUGGCUUCACGAAAACAUUACUGCACAAACAAACAUGUGCGUGGCAAAGAAAAUGUUGAUGAAGAAUGCAAACUGCUUAUACGAAAUCAAGAUGUAGGAUGCCCUGAAUUCAAAAAUAUUCAUAAGGUCAAACAUCAUCCAUCAUUACACAAAGGAGGUUGCCAUGAGGUUCAUGAUAUUGAAGAUCUUGUGAAAGUUGGACAAAUUGUUAGAGGGUGCUCAUAUUAUGCAGCAAGUUUCAUGGCUUAUGAUGCACAGUUGGUGUUUUGCCCGUACAGCUAUAUCAUUAAUCCCAUCGUUCGUGGAGCCAUGGACGUUGAUAUUAAAGGAGCCAUUGUCAUUCUUGAUGAAGCCCAUAAUAUAGAAGACGUUGCUCGUGAUUCUGGUAGUGCUGAUAUUGAAGAAGAUAAUUUACUUAAAUUGCAGAUGGAAUUAGGACAACUAUGCUCUGUUAAUGCCACGAUUUACCAACCUUUAAGCGAAAUGACACAGGACAUCAUAAGUUGGAUUGAGCGGAGGAAAACAACAUUAGCAAAGCGGGACUUUCAGCAUUACUGCUCUUUCUGGACUGGUGAUAAAGCUUUAAGAGAACUGCACGAAGCAAACAUCUCACAGCAAUGCUUCCCAAUAUUACUAGAGUGCGCCAAACAGGCAAUCAGAAUAGCCAAUGAUACAGAAUCAGAGGUGCCUCAUUUGGGUGGCAUGUCGGUGACAACAUUGGAAGGGUUGUUCUCCUCGCUUACAUAUUUCUUCUCAAAAAACGGGUGUCAUAUAGUUGAUUAUCAGCUUGCUUUACGACGAUUUGUCAAAAAAGAUGCAAAAAAUUCUGCUGGUGACUGGACAUGUACUUUUAGUCUAUGGUGCUUGAAUCCAGCUGUUGUGUUCAGAGAUAUUGCUGAACUUUCUUUGUCUGUCAUUUUAACUUCGGGGACUUUAUCACCAAUGAAUUCUUUCUCAUCUGAGCUUGGAGUUCAGUUUGGAACUUGUCUGGAGGCUCCACAUGUAAUUGAUGUUGCAUCACAGGUGUGGGCUGGUGUAAUCUCCACUAGUCCAGGUGAUUAUCCUUUGAAUGCAAGUUAUAAAACAGCCGAUGGAUAUGCUUUCCAGGAUGCCCUUGGCAAGACUUUAGAGGAAAUUUGCAAUGUUGUUCCUGGUGGCUGUCUUGUGUUUUUCCCAAGUUAUAAGCUGAUGGAGAAACUUUCCAAACGUUGGCAUGAAACAGGCCAAUGGUCUCGACUUAAUUCAAAGAAACCGUUUUUUAUUGAGCCAAAAGGAGGAAGCCAGGAAGAUUUUGAUAUCAUUUUGAAGGAUUAUUAUCACUCGAUUUCUCAAGGCAAGAAACCUUCUUUUGUAAAAAAGAGAAGGGUUAAGAAAGCAGGCAUCAAUCAUUUAAAUGCUACAGAGUCCCUUAAAGAUGCUAAUAAGGAUGGAGCUGGUUUUCUUGCAGUGUGCCGAGGAAAGGUUUCAGAAGGACUUGACUUUAGUGAUGAUAAUGCUCGCGUGGUUAUAGUUGUUGGCAUUCCAUUUCCAAACAUAGCUGAUAUUCUAGUUGAUUUGAAGAAGAAAUAUAAUGAUACAUAUAAAUCAGCAAAAAACCUUCUAAGUGGUAGAGAGUGGUACUGCUACCAGGCCUUUCGAGCUCUUAAUCAAGCUAUAGGACGCUGUAUACGACAUAGGUUUGAUUAUGGAGCCAUCAUCUUGUUAGAUGAGCGUUUUCAGGAAGAAAGUAAUCGAGCAUAUAUUUCGAAGUGGCUAAGGAAAUCCAUUAGGCAGUAUGACAACUUUGAGAAGUCACUAGAGGGAUUAAAAUCUUUUUUCAGAGAAGUCAAGGAUCAGGUUGGCAAGAAUAUGGUAAAAAUGUCACAGAAUACUGACAAUAACAAGGACAGUGUCCCUUCCUUGGCUGAAAGUAAAGAGUUGACAAAAAAUACAAGUAAGAAAUUUAACAGGUCUGAUCAUUCAGGACAGAAAGUGCAGUCAGUGACGAAGUAUGACUCCACCUUUUCCCAGUGGAAUUCUCACGGCUAUUCUGACGUUCAGACAUCAGUGAAACUCAAGCAGGACACUGAAGAAUGUGUUCAUGAUAAAAAUGACCACUCUAUUGAAUUAAGCAAAGGGUUUAUGAGGAAAGAAAAUGAGAAACUAAACAAUGGAUUGGAUGGAUACUCUCUGGUGAAGCAUGAUGACACUUUUACCGUGUUGAAGUCUGAAGGUGAUACUGUAGUUCAGUCAUCUUUUCGGUUAGAUAAGGACAUUAACAACUGCAAAGAUUAUAUCAAUGUGGAAUGCAGUUUGCAGAGCGAUUCAAGGUGCUACAGGGCUUCAACUAUGCCAUUCACUGAUGAAGAUCUAGAAUUAUCCCUUGUCAAAGAAACCCCUGGAAUGGGUGACAGUAUUACCGUGGCUAGUCCUGGAUCCUUCUUUAAGGAUGGAAACUCUUGUUCCACCAUAUAUCAAGCCUCUACCCAGUCUCCAGAUCUGUUGUCAUUCCAUUCAAGGAUUUUACCAAAUCUUGGCAAUGUUCCUUCCAAAACUCAGUUUGAGAUGGCAGUCACUCCAGAAAAAGAUUUUAGUGGAAACACCAGCAAUAUCCUGCCAGAGAAAGAUUUUAGUGGAAUUACCAGCAAUAUCCUGCCAGAAAGAGAUUCUUCUUUGAGUGUUAAUUCACAUGCCCAAAAGAGGAAGAAGUUCAUGGGUUCUCCAUCAGUUGACCUGGCAAAUCGUAAAAUUGAAUUUGGCUUUGAGACCAUUCAGGCAGACCAUAAAUCCAAGAAGUCAAAUAUUUGUGCACCAGUUACAAUAAAUAAUGGUGAUGGUUCACAUGUGUUAUCUAGUCCUAUUAUGGACAAGAGAUUACAAAUUUCUUGUUCACUUUGCAGAAGCCCUUUAGGGUUGCAUGAGAAUCAUCACUAUGUUUUGUGCUCCUUAACUACAUCUACUAAAGUUCACUUAGUAUCUCUUAUGAAAGAACGAAUGGAACCUGGUGAUGCAAAUGUUUCAAGCGUACCUGUUAUCAUUACUGACAUUUCAUCUGUUGAUCAACGGUUCUGCAACAGAGCUCUUGAAGGUUCUUCUGAAAAGGGUAUAUGGUGUGAAGAAGACGGGUGUGUGUACAAUAAUCUCUUGUGUCCCUUCUGCAGUAUCCCCAAAAACUUUCUUGGUGUACAGAUUGUAGCAUGUGAUGCGACAAAUUUUCACUUACUUAACAAGAUAUUGCUUUACUUGGAACGUUUGGAAAUUAGGGAUCUGGAAGCAGAAAAAUACAAGUUGUCUGAAGUCAAGGAUUCAAUGCUAGUUGAAGGUACAGACAUGGAUAAAGUUGCUGCUUCAAAUUCCAUUGAAAAAUUUUCAUAUUCCCCAUCACAAAACUCGGGAGGCUGGAGGACCACUAAAACGAAGCUGAGACUACCAAAGAAAGCCCUGCUAUCUAAUGUAGAGACAUGAUGACCAUAUGCAUCUUGCUUUUUUGUUCUUUCCCGCACUGCCCAUAUGAUGAGUUGGAAUUGAGAUUGCUUAUGCUGUAAUGCAAAUUUUGCAAGGCAAUGGCCGCAUCGUUUGCCUUAGCAAGUGAAAGCUCUGAUUGGUCGACUGCAGCAGCUGUUGCAAUAUUCCUGAUUCUACUGAAGUUAAACUUGAAGUUCACAGAUAAUGGUAAGCGGUUAAAUUUUUUAUAAGAUAACAUGGGUACAUAUGGGUUUCUAAGGUGUAAAAUGGCUUCUUUUGCAAAUAGAAUAGAGUUAAUUUAUGAUCUCUGAUUCUUAUAUUUCUAGCAGUCAGUUUAUCAGUUUGUAAGGGUGGUUUUGCUUACAUCCAAAAACGCUUCAAUCAUUUAAGGCUUCAAACUAGGUUUUUGGAACUGUUUUUUAUAAAAUGAAAGUAAAUAAUUUGCAA